UCCACAAACAAUAUUCCUUGAAAAAAUUAUGCAUGGAUUAAAAGGGUACUAUUUUAAGAAAUUAGUAGCAAUCGACAAGGACAAAGAAGGGUUUUUAUUUUCAUUUAUUUUUAAUUCUAUUAGGAAGAACGGAGAAGUGAGAAAUAAGUCGAACAACAUAAUGUCAAAGAGCCUAGUACAACAAAUCCUCACUUCCCAGUCCAUUGGAACUGAAGCCUCUCAAUCCAUCCCCAACUCCUUUGUACCAAUCCCUCUCUGAAAGCUCUUUCCUUUUAUUUGUCUGAAAUGGCAAGCAGUAGAGAAGAUCCGCUUUCAUAUCCCAAUAAUCCAUCAUCCUCAUCCUCUCCCAUCACAGUUUCUGACCAUCUUGAUACUACCUUCCUCACAGCAGACCCAUCUGGUUCCCACCUGGGCAGCGCCUCCAACAGCUUCCAAAACGACACUGGUUUUCUUAACGAUAGCGCCAGCAGUAGUGAUGCGGAGUUCGGCUUCUCUAGGCCCGAGUUCAGGCAGAGCCCACUUGCUGGAACUGUGCAGUUCUAUGAACGCCACGUCUUCUUAUGCUACAAGAACCCGUCUGUCUGGCCGCCAAGGAUCGAGGCUGCGGAGUUUGAUCGAUUACCCAGGCUGCUCUCUGCUGCUGUCACGGCUAGAAAGGGUGAUAUGAAGAAAGAGACUCGCUUAACAAUAUGUGAGGGGCAUGAUGGAACUGAGACAUCAAAUGGGGAUGUAUUAAUCUUCCCAGACAUGAUCAGAUACAGGAGAUUGACACAUUUUGAUGUUGACACAUUUGUUGAGGAAGUGCUUGUGAAGGAUGGUGACUGGCUGCCUGGAACUCCAGAAGCACUGAAGGGUUUUUAUGUUUUUGUAUGUUCUCAUGGGUCCCGAGAUCGUCGAUGUGGUGCUUGUGGGCCUGCUUUGGUUAGCAAAUUCAAAGAGGAGAUAGAAUUACAUGGACUUAGAGGUAAAGUGUCUGUUAGCCCAUGCUCUCACAUUGGGGGGCAUAAGUAUGCAGGAAAUGUCAUUAUAUUUGGAUCAAGCACAAGUGGAGUUACCAAUGGACACUGGUAUGGAUAUGUUACCCCAGAUGAUGUAUGCAUAUUACUAGAGCAGCAUAUUGGAAAAGGAGAGGUUGUAGACUGGCUAUGGAGGGGUCAGAUGGGCUUAUCUGAAGAAGAGCAGAUCAAAUUCCAAGAGCUGAGGCUCCAACUAAAUGGCGAGACAGAGGUGGGAAAGAAAACUAAUAAGUUGACACAAACGCAGAUAGACAAAGCAUGCACUGCAGCAACAAGUUCUAAAGUAGAAGUUGUGAAUUGUUGCCAGCAAAAUGGAAAAUCUUCCUGCUGCCAGAAUCCAGCCUUACCUCAUGAGGAGACUGUAGAUGCCAAUGAGAAGUGUGUAAAUGUGUCACCUGAGAAGAAGAGCAGCAAGAGACCACUAUCCCGGAUUAACAGUGGAAAAGGGUUGUCUACGCGUAAGAUUUGCGCUAUGCCCACAUGGUUUGAGAGCUGGGAGCAUGAAGAUACUUACGCAGUCCUUGCUGUUGUCUGUGCUGCAGUGUCAGUAGCUUUUGCCUACAGCUGCUACAAACAGUCAAGAUAGAACUUCAAAAUCUAGUCAGGCUACAACAGAAAGUCACUAGUCAGCUCACAUGGCAAAUCAGAAAGAAGAUAAACAUCACAAGUUGGCACUCACAAAUAUUACACGAUCUCUGUAUUCAUUCAUUUGGAUGUGUGACUGCACAUAGUAAUGCAUCUAAAGCGGAAAAAAAAAACAGAGAUAAUUAGUAGAUAUUGCAUCAAGGAGAUGAAAAAGAGGCAACUGUCUUUCCAAAAGUCAAGAGAUACAAAUUAUUAAAUAUCCGUGACAUCCAAGUUUCAAGCUAAAA